CGCGUGCGUGCGUGUAUGUGUGUGUGUGUGUGUGUGUGUGUUGGGAGAGUCAGCUGAGAGAGAAUGAGUGAGAGUGAGAGAGAGCGAGAAUGAGCGGGUGAGAGAGGGAGAGAGAGAGUAUGUGUGCAUGUCCUGGGGAAUAUCAGUCUUCGGGGAGCGAAAGCAGGAGCUUCAUUUAACUGACUGCACUCGCCGGAGAAAACCGUUGGCUCGGACUGAGACGACUGAGGCUCUUUUUGCAGUUCUCAAAGGUGAAUGUGAUAUCUGGAGGUGAACUUUGAGAAAAUGGCUGUAGCUGAAUGUCCGGAUUAUUUCCUACUCCACCCUAAUUACCAGCAGGACAAUGUCGACCGAACUGCCAAUCACAGACCAGCAGAACUAAUUGGGUCAAGUUUUCAACAGGCAGCCAAUCGGAACUCUCCUAACCAUCAAGAGGAUGAUGUGGAUCUGGAGGCGCUGGUAAAUGAUAUGAACUCUUCCUUUGAGAGUCUUUGCUCCACCUACAGUGUGCAAGCCGAGGCUGUUCCCCUGCUGCACAAUGGCCAGUCUCAUCGGCCCAGCGAGCAAACACACUCACACGGCCACACGCACAGCCACGCGCAUGGCCAGCCCACCUCCCUGCACCAGAAACUGCGCCGCUCCCAGCCCAUGCACAUCUUAGCCGUCAGGAGGCUGCAGGUGGAAGAGCAGCAGUAUCGAACGUCCUCCCUGCCUGCCAUCCCCAACCCCUUCCCUGAGCUGUGCAGUCCAGCCAGCUCGCCCACGCUGUGCCCCGGCUCUUUACCUCCAAGUGAACCCUCAGGCAAAUACAUUAUUAAAAUCUUCAACGAGGACGGCAUGGGCAAAGUGGUGGAGAUCCCAGCCGACAUGACUGCGCGAGACCUGUGCCAGCUUCUUGUGUACAAAAGCCAUUGUGUGGAUGACAACAGUUGGGCACUUGUGGAGCAUCACCCAGCCAUGGGGCUAGAGAGAUGCUUAGAAGAUCAUGAACUUGUGGUGCAAGUGCAGGCAUCUAUGACCAGUGAGAGCAAAUUUCUCUUCAGGAAGAACUAUGCCAAAUAUGAAUUCUUUAGAAAUCCUUUGAACUUCUUCCCAGAGCAAAUGGUGGCCUGGUGUCAGGAAAGCAGUAGAACCAUUCCCCCUUCUCAACUGUUGCAGAACUUCUUAAACUCCACCAGCUGUCCUGAAAUCCAGGGUUACUUGUAUGUGAAAGAAACAGGCAGGAAGUCAUGGAAGAAGCUGUAUGUGUUUUUGAGACGCUCAGGAUUGUACUUUUCGACGAAAGGAACGUCAAAGGAACCAAGGCAUUUGCAGUUACUCGCAGACCUCGAAGACAGCAAUAUCUUUACUGUAAUAGCAGGCAAGAAGCUUCACAAUGCUCCAGCAGAGUACGAGUUUUGUAUAAAGCCCAACAAGGUGCGGAGUGAGCAGAAAGAGCUGAGAAUGUUGUGUGCAGAAGACGAACAGAGCAGAACAUGCUGGAUGACGGCUUUCAGACUGUUCAAGUAUGGAAUUGUUCUUUAUCAGAACUACAAGAUCCCACAACAGAGAAAAGCUUUGCUCUCACACUUCUCAACACCAGUGAGGAGUGUGUCUGAAAACUCUCUGGUCGCUAUGGAUUUCUCAGGGAGGAUAGGCAGGGUUAUCGACAAUCCUGUGGAAGCCCAAAGUGCCGCAGUGGAGGAAGGCCAUGCGUGGAGGAAGAGAAGUCAACGCAUGAACAAUCUGGGAAGCCCAAGUCCACUACACCCCUCAUCAUUAAGUGGAGUAAUACACAAAACUCAGCUUUGGUUUCAUGGUCGGAUUACACGGGAGGAAUCGCAUAAGAUGAUUCACCAACAGGGUCAAGUGGAUGGAUUGUUUCUCUUAAGGGACAGCCAGAGCAAUCCUAAGGCUUUUGUGCUGACCCUGUGCCACCACCAGAAAAUCAAACACUUUCAAAUUUUACCGUGUGAAGAGGAUGGUCAGGUGUUCUUCAGCCUUGAUGAUGGCACCACCAAAUUCACAGACCUGAUCCAACUAGUGGAGUUUUACCAGCUCAACAGAGGAGUCUUGCCUUGCAGACUCAAGCACCCCUGCACCAUUGUGGCCUUAUGACCCCCCAAACUGGACUUAAGACAAGCCCUCUGCUCUCUGAGAAUCAGACAAUAUUUCAGUGGUUUAGUGCUAUGCAGAGCUGCAUAGAGACUGGUUGUCCUCAGACGAGUACACUGCAGGUGUUCCUCUGUGCUUUAGAGAAGACCACAAGUGCAAACAGGACCAUGAUGAUUCUCACAUCUUGGUUGCCAACAAGCCUUCAUCCACUGGUAAACUGGGGUGCAGUCUGUAAUUGUUCUCUGUGUGGUUUCUCCAUCAUACAGUUAUCAGGAGGUCCUAUGCACUUAUUUAAAGGUCCUGUUAAAGAUAAUCAGGAGGGCUGUUGUUUUAGAAGGUCUCCAGAAUCUGCAGAUGAUGGAAGGUGGGCUGAUUACAUCUAGUUUGCAAGUUUGAUUUUGUUUUGCAUUCAUGAACAGGGAACAGCUGAGCUAUAACUAUGUAAUUCAAAACCCAAGCUGCAUUAAGUCCUCCUCUCUUUGUAAACACCCUUUAUUGCUAAGAGCUGGAAUGAUUUCUGGAGAUGGUCUUCUGAAGUGAGCACAGAACUGUGAAAGAGACCCUGGUCAUGGUCAGUGAAAUCUCACAUUCUGCCCUUUCCUGCCCCACCUUUCUCCAUGUGGAUCAGAAGAAUGUUUCCUCCCUUACAGCACCCUUAAAUUUCAGCAGGUUGAACUCUGUUUUCUGAACAUUUUCUUACCAACACUUCUCUUUGGUACUAUUUUUUUCCCUCUUUUGAUUCCAUGUCAGUACUGAGGCGGUUUGCCUCAACUGAUGCCCCAAAGCGUUCCAUCACCCCUCGUUCCAUCAUGAGACUUUUGAAGCACCUUCUGCCAUCUGUAUGAGGAUAUGCCGUCUGCCACUACAGAGAUGACGUUGGUUACUUCACUGACAUCAGCAUCACUGCCACCACCACCAUUAGGAAGGACAUCUUGAUGGCAAAGUGGAGCUCAGUGGAGAAAUGACCACUAUGUCCACCCCCACCCUCCAAAAUGCUAACUACAGGGAGUUCUGUUGCACGUGAUGGAAACUGUCGGGGGCACCAUCAAGAGAUGGGGAAACCACCUGAACUGCUGCCACCUUUAGGUUGGACCACCAAUCCGUUUGAUUGCCAUUUCUCCUUUCCGUGUCUUGACAGAUUGUCAAUAGGACAGUGCACUGUGAAGCCUGGCGGCUUGGUGGGGGUUUAAUUUUCUAUUCUGCCUUGUUCAAUGGUAGCAGUAAAUACAGACAGAUUUGUAAAGAUAUUUUGAAUUGUAACGCUUGACUUUACAGAAGAGCCAUCUUUUUAGCAUUUGCCUAUAAUGUAUUAAGCUAGAUAGAGAAGGCCUAGCCACCGUGUCUACGAGCUCACCUGAGUGACCAUUAUUACACAGAUAAAAUGCAAAUGAUGCAAUCAUUUUUAAGUAUUGUUUCCAUGAAUCUAUUUAUUUAUCUGGAUUUAAAUGAUUACUUGAAAUUUAGUGAAUUUCUCAGCGCUGUUCAAUACUGUUCUUCCACAUUUUCACAACCUUAUUGAGCCUCAUGUAUUAUUUGUUUAAAUAUUAUUUUUUUAUUUUUUGGUAAACUAACCCUGCUUUCUUGAAUUCAUCAUGACUUUUCACCAUCAACUACUGUAGUUUUGUACUACUCCCUUGUCUCCUUUAUUUUUCACUCACUCAAUCACAGAUACCACCAUAGUUCCUUUGGCUCAGCGAUGUUAUUCUCUUUUCAAAAGAGAAGAAAGGAAAAAAUGCAUUUUAUUGUUUACUAGGGAGUCAUUAAUGAUCAACGUAUGUCAGAUGGUCUCAGUAUUCCACUAGAGGUAAUGAGAUUUAGAUAUGAUUACAUUAAUGGAAGAACGAAAGAGGUUCACUGAGAGACAGAGGAGUUUGAGUCAGCAGCGCCGUUCGCUUGAGCUCAUUUCUCAGUGCAAAAAAGGUCUGCUCAGGAAACAUGCAAUCAGUACAUGGCUUCUUUUCUGUGCUGAGGAUUGUGGAUGGUCAACAGUUGACUUGGUACCCUACAACCAUGGUGUCUUUCUUUGGGCAAAAGAGAAGAAACAAGGACAGGCCUUGUCAAUGUGAUUACCAUUAUUAGCACUUUGUUUUUCAGGCAUUUGUUAAGAGUCACUAAAUAAUCACCAUGGUUAAUUAACACUCAAGUACCGUAACUGCACUAAAUAUCUUACUGAAGAAUAGUUUCCCCGUAGGUUUGGAGUAGGUCUGGGAGAAGCAGAAUUGUUACUAAAACAGAGCCACUAGCCAGUUGUUUCAAUGCAAAGUUUGUUCCUUCUUGUAAAUGAUGCACAAUGAUGGCAUUCCAAGGAAUAAACUGGCAUUGAAGUAAUUGUUUACAUUAGUCAGUGGUCACUUUCUUGGUGCUUUUUCCCUCCAAGCAUUGGUUUAACCCAAAUGAAGAAUAAAUUUGUGAUUCUUCUGAUGGGACAAAGAACUUGGAUCUGCAAUAAAAGUGCAUGAGGUCUGGCACACCCCUUCAUAGCAGAGGAGCACAGAUCAUGGUCAUCAAGUGCAAAGAUCCCAGACCAAUUCAGUUCAGUGACAGUGGUAUAAUUGUUGGACAUCUAUAAAAGGUUUUUCACCAAUGACAAGUUUUAAUUCCAAACACUUUGUCAGUUAUAUGAGUAUUUUUGUAAUUGGUAUGUGCCAUAGCUGUUUUUGUUCCCAGAACCUUAAUUAAAAUGUUCAGAAGUAUCAUAUUGUUCAAAGAUUGAGCUCAAAUUCAUGCUGAAUUCAACGCUUGUUCUACCCUUUGAUUUAUGAUGUAAUAUACAUUCAGCAGUAAACACAUGGCUAUAUACAACCAUAAGAAGGUUCAUAGAUAUGACACUGUAUUUUAGGUUUCCGAUCACUAUGUUCUACAUUUAGUUUAUUUUUUUUUCACAAUCACAUACAAAAUGAAGAAACUUGACUGUGCUUUUUUUUGUAUUUGGUAAAGUGUAAAUAUUGUUUUUAUUUUAUGUUUCUUAUGUCAAAUGACCUUAAAGAAUGCUUGUUAUGUUUAAAUUAAGCUGGUAAAAAAAACUGGAGUCUGAGGAGAAAGUCUUGUGGUCAGAGGUCACUAUUAAGCUAAAUCUAAAAAUCACUGAAUACACUUACAAUGAAAAUGCUAACGAACUUAGCCCUUGUGGGAUCCUCGUUAUAGUGUUGUCUUGUUUUCACAGAUCAGAAGCUACACUUUAAAGUCUUUGCAUACUGUCCUGUUGUUCAGAUGAGCUGGUAACAUUAAUAAUUUACAUCAUGUGUGAACUGUUUUGAGGGUGUAUUUAGUGUAUACCAAAAUCUCGCUGCCAGUUUUUUUUUUUAUAUUUUAUUUCAUUUUUGGAAAGUAAUCCUACCAUGUAUUGAAAUUGAAAUGGUGGAGGACAUGGAGUUUCAUCUGUGUUUUGGCCCUACUGAUUUCUCAAAGCCUAAAGUCCAGCAGGUGCUUCCAACCACCCGCACCCCUUCCCCAAAAACACACUCACAUACACUUUUAUAUGUUUCAGACUUGGAUCAGAUCUAGGAUCAGCUUCAGCCUUUUGAGUCCUGAUUAAUACAGUGACCUGGAUGAAGGCAGAGCUGCUCCUACGUCAGCAGUCUUAAGGCCAUGGCACACUGACUUUGCUUUCUCCAAGAAACACCAACAUUUAUUGACAAGCCAAAUGAACCCAUGUGAAUGGGAACAUUCUAGAACGGUGUGAAAGUGGAGAGUAUUCUUGGACAGUGUGAAUGUAGAGAGCAUGCUAGAAUAGUAUAAAUGGGGGAGAGCGUUUUAGAACAGUGAACAGGGUUGACUAUUCUACAACAGGGUGAACUGAAGAGAACAUGUAGAACAUCCAGUGUGAACUGGGGGAACAUUCUCUCUUCUUCAUACUGUCAUAGCACUGUCUAGAACACUGAAUUCAGGAGAACAUUAUAGAACAGGACAAAUAUGGGAAAGCAUUCUAGAACAAUAUGAAUGAGCAAGAGCGUUCUAGAACAGUGUGAACAGGAGAAACGUCUAAGACAGCGUUAACUGGGAAUGUUCUAAAACCGUGAACUAGUAAAAACAGUUCUAAAACAGUGUGAACCAGGGACAGAGUUCUAAAACCGCAAACUGGCAAGAACAUUCUAAAACCGUGUAAACUAAGGGGAACGUUCUAAAACCGCGCACUGCAAGAAUGUUCAAAAACAGUGUAGACUGAGGAGAACGUUCUAAAACAGUGAAAUGAGAAGAACAUUCUAUGACUGUACUGAGGAGAAUGUUCUCGAACAGUCUGAAUGGGGGAGAACCAGUAUUUGGGUUUAUUGGGAGAGUGUUGAGUCUGUGUGCUGUGGGCUUUAGUGUUGAGAUAUAACACACAUGUAGUCCCACAGAAGCAUUCAUGAAGAAGGUCUUGGGAGCAGGAGUGGUCAUCUGGGCUCGUCCAGGGCAUCUCACAGUCCAGAUGAGUGUGCGAUGGGGAGCUUUCCAGAUAAAGCAUUCCUGCUCUUUAGUGCUGACUGACUACACAACAUGACCGGCCCACAAAGCAUAGCCCCUCAUGUAGUGAUGACAGCUCAUGUGCUUUUCAACUCCUGUCACAAUGCAAAAUAGAGUGAAUAAGUAUAUGUGUCUUUCAGGGAAUGCAGAAAAAGAGCUUUUCCUCUUUGGAAGAUCCUGUAUUGAAAAUGUGCUUUUUUGGUUCUGUAAAUAGCUGAAUGGCUUACAAAUCCUAAUUGUAACCUUUUCAGGUAUUUUUUGUACAAAUAAGGGACUGCUAUAUUCUGUUUAUUGUAAUUAGAAUAAAAUAUUAAUACAUUGCUAUAA